CCGCGGAGGGAGGGCCCUCGCCCGGCGAGCGGCCAAUCCGGGCGGGCGCUGGCGGCGAGCAGGGGCAGAAUGGGCUGUAGUUGAGCGAAAUAGGGAAAGCGGCGAACAGUGUGGAGCGUUCCCGGUGUAAAUAAAAGGGGGGGAGAAAAAAAAAAAAAAAAAAGUUUGUGGAAGUCGCCGCCCUGCAGCCUCGCUCGGGCAGCGGCGCGGGGGCUUGUGCGGUGCGGGAGCCCGGCACGGAGGACUUUGGUGCGCGGCGUUAACACGCUCUGCCUAUUGUUUGUGUUUUUUUCCAAAAUAUGGCAAAGGUUCAGGUGAACAAUGUAGUGGUGUUGGAUAAUCCUUCUCCUUUCUACAAUCCUUUCCAGUUCGAAAUCACAUUCGAGUGCAUAGAGGACCUGUCUGAAGAUUUGGAAUGGAAAAUAAUUUAUGUGGGUUCAGCUGAAAGUGAAGAGUAUGAUCAGGUGUUAGACUCUGUUUUAGUUGGACCUGUUCCUGCAGGCAGACACAUGUUUGUAUUUCAGGCUGAUGCACCUAACCCAGGGCUUAUUCCAGAUGCAGAUGCAGUAGGUGUAACAGUUGUGCUAAUUACAUGCACUUACCGAGGUCAAGAAUUUAUUAGAGUCGGCUACUAUGUAAACAAUGAAUACACUGAAACAGAACUGAGAGAGAAUCCACCAGUAAAGCCAGAUUUUUCUAAGCUUCAAAGGAAUAUUUUGGCAUCUAAUCCCAGAGUCACAAGAUUCCACAUUAAUUGGGAGGACAACACUGAAAAACUGGAAGAUGCAGAGAGCAGUAACCCAAAUCUACAGUCCUUGCUUUCCACAGAUGCAUUACCUUCAGCAUCAAAGGGGUGGUCAACAUCAGAAAAUUCACUAAAUGUUAUGUUAGAAUCUCAUAUGGACUGCAUGUGACUAACCACCAUCCUUUUGGUACUGUAUAUGUGUUAAACUGUAAAAACAACCAGAACUAUUUCCCUCAAAUUCCAUAAGUACAUAGUUGAAGCAAUGUGAAGAACUUGUUUUAAAACAUCCUGUAGAAAGUUUAUAAAAAAAAAAAAAAAAAACAGAAAAAACCCAACAAACAAACAGUAUUUGAGCAGAUUGUGAAAUAUAAAUACAACUAUUUUUAAGUAAUUGCCUUUUUUUUCUAAUGUGUUAUUCUAUGUGGUCUAAACCAAACCUGAUUAAAGUAUAUGUAUUCUCUCCCCUCCCCCCUUACUUUGUAAGCACUAUUAAAAGCAAAAAAAAGUUUAAAAGUUAAAGCAUUCAGGCAAAAUGAAGGAAUAGUGCCAUGUCCUUGUCUCUGCUAUCCAGAUUGCCAAAUAUAAAGUGCCCUUUAAUAGCAUCUUAAGAACAAAAUUGUCAUUAGAUGAAGUGCAAAGAAAGAAAGAAUCUCUUAAUAACAAAGUCCAAAAAUGUCCUUUUGCUCUGAAAGCAGACAGCACAGUAUAAUUUUAGGUGCAAGCUUCUUUUCCUUUCAAGGCACAUACUUGUUACUUAAUGCCUGCAAUUUGAGAUUUACCAUCUGCUAUCUUGGAUUUUAGGAUUUUUUUUUUUAAUCUCUUGCUGCUACUGUUUAGUCAAACUAUGGUUUUGUUCAGGACAGUGUUUCAAGUGAAUUGGGGUGAGUACCUCAGGACAGAGCCCUUUUUCAGGAACCCUAAUAGCAUACACAGGUGGUUGAAAGGAUGCAAGCAAUUACUGGAAGAUUGUAAGCCUCAAAAGCAAUAGUGUGAAUAUCCCAAAUAUGCUCUUCUGUAAGAUUAUUAUGGAUUACUACUGGUUAGUGUGUUUGUUUUCAGGCAUGCUUUAUCGUAGUCUUUUUCAGUAGUAGUAAGGAGUUUGGGUGUUUUCUUUCAUUUUUUUGAAACACCUGGAAUUUUAAACUUCUCUGUUUUCUCUCUAGCCUUUAAGGCAAUCCCAUUUACUGGUAUGAACCCUGUUGUGGCAGGCAUGAGACACUCAAGAAUACAUUACUUGCCUUGAAGCUUUUGCAGUGAGACAUCCCUAUUACCUGAGGCAUCCUUGAAGAUAAAAGGAACUAAGCAGUAACCUGUCAAGACUUAAACCAUUAUUAUGACACUUAAGAAUUUAGUUAUUCCUUCCAAUCCUCAUUAGCCUUAUUUAUAUUUAUUGUGCCUGUAUGUGCAUUUAAAUUGUUAUCUGUCAUGCCAGGUUACAGGAAUAUAGUUCUAUUUACUAGUCACUGCCCAAAUUAUGAACCUUUGUAGGUUCUGGGCCCUUCAAAAAAAGACAGAUUUCAUGAUGAUUGACAGUGUAGCUCUGAAUUAAAUACAGAAUGCUUGCUGUUCUCUUUCUGCAUUCUCUAAUGGGAUGAAGAUGUCCCAGACAGUGCUUCUGUCUUCCCACAUCAUUAGUGAAAUUGUCUGCAUUUCAAAUGUGUGGUUCUGAAACUGGAAAGGAAUGACCUGAUCUGAAUGUUUUUUGUGUAUGGAAACUCAGCAGUACCCAUCUAGGGUGGAUGAAUGAAUUAAUGAAAUCCAUUAAUCUUUGGAGGCCUAGUUCUGAUAUGUGCUCUUAACAAUAUCUAAUUGUUUAAAGUGAUAACCAAAAAUCUAAAAAUAUUAACACUCAUUGGUAGGACUUAACACAACUGGUUCUGUGAACUAGCAUUUACUUCACUUGAGGGCUGAAAUUCCAUGAACCUUAUCUUUGAUUUUCAAUUAUAUUGCAACUUUUAGGCCUGCAGUGACAUUUUGAGAUUUUUCAUGCACUUUAUGUUCUAUUUAUAAGUCUAUUUAGGAUAGCUCAUAAAUGUAAGCAUGUAAAUAACUUAGUUAUCUGCUGAAGGACUGACAGGCUUGUGAAGUCUGCCUCAAAUUAAGGCUACUGUAGUAGUAUCUCAAACUCUUGCCUUUAUUGAAUAUUCAAAUGAAAAUGUGAUCCAAGUACAAGCUGUAACCAGAGCCCAUCCCACUGCUAGCAUGAAGGCUUUUUAGAAGCAUAUGCCACAAAGCAAUGGAAGCAAACCAUUAUUGCUGCUACUGCAAAACCAACUACAAAAUUUAGGCAGCAAAAUGAUGCCACCCAGCAAACCAAUUAAUUUAGAGGAAUGGAAAAGUGAAGCUCUGUUGUCAGUCUAAAAAGUUUAAGAAGUCAUUCGUGCAUGAGAACUUGUGUGCAAUAAACUUCAGGCUUGACUGUGGUUGGAUGCUGCAGUAAAGUUUGGCACCACCUUACCUGAUAUACUCAUGUGGCUUGGAUAGCACUGACCCACCAACAGCAGGAAAAAUAAUGCUGUGCUUGGUGAAAAUUGGUGACAAACAACCCUACCUCAUGAACUUUGCAAGAUAAAUGGCAUUUCUGUGGUUUUUGAGAGGCUGGGUCCCUCAGGUCUUCGCAACUUUGGCAGAUCUUAGCAAUCCAUACACCCUGCCUUCUGAGCAUUGCAUUUCCUGACAAAAUCACGUUCCAGAGACAAAGAAUUUGAGGAACCAACUUCCAGUCCCCCAGAGACUUCAGGCAAUAUCACAGCACAAACUUACUGGUAUUAAAAGAUAGAAUGCAUGUAGGGCAUCUGUAAAGACUUGUCCCUGAUCUCUGAACAUUUUAAAACAGCAGGUCUAUGCACAGCCAACCAGUGCUGACAUCACAGCAUUACAAUUUCAAGGUUGAAGAUGUUUUCACUUUGCCACUAACUUUUACUUGAAGAGGCCACCAAGAUGCAAAGCAAUGCUACAGAUUCUGCUGACAGGACUGGUGAUGUAUCUCACUGUGUUUUCAUCUGAGGCAGGCAGACCAUUACAUGACUGUCAUUCGUUAUUAAUGUACAAAGAAGUAAAUGGAUCAGACAAGGUAACAUGGAUGAAAAAUGUGUGUGGUUUUCAUGUCUAGCUUGGAAAAAAGGUCUCCCUCAGCUUAUAGUCACUGAUUUAUUCAGGCAUCACCUUCAAUCUGAAUUACUAUGACACUUCAAUUUGAAGGAGGCAAAAUGGUUCUUCCAGCUCCAUCAAAAUAGAGACUACUGAAAUUUCAUCUUUCCAGUAGCUUUACAAAGCUCCACUGAAAAAGCCAACACUACCUACCAAUCUUCAACAAUGAAGCAACUUGGAGCUUUACUACAAUAACCACAGUGUAUGGCUUACCAGACACUCUGUAUUCAUGAGAUGGGAGUGACAAAGUCACAAAGAACUCUGGUGAUCUGACGGUCCAUUAUCUUUUUUGCAGUGCCUCAGCUGCUGGUUUUCUGGAAGUCAGCUCACACUGAAAGGUAGCCACUUGUAGCUAGAUUGAUUGUCUACUGACAUCUGAAAAUGUUGGUAGGAAGGAAAAGGGAAAAACCCCAAACGUGCUAUGCACGUAUACUCCGGGCAAAUCCUCAUUUAUCAGGGACAGAAAAGGGCAAAGUUAAAUCUGGCCUCUGUCUGGACAGCUGCAGAACCUUCAUGUACCUAACUACUCUAUUCCUUAUGCAUCUGCAAGAGUACAGAUGAUGUAAUUUACUUUGAGAGCCACAGAAGUUUGGUCAGGAGAUGAUGGGUUAAUUGUUGCUGUGGUUGCUGGCUGGGGGGCUCUGCUAAGUGCCAGCCGGGAAGAUGCAGCAAAACUGACAACUGCGUGUAAGGGCUGGCAGUGUGUGUGGAACUCUUCUUCCUAGGCACUCCCAUUUCUGUUUCCAGUUACGCUUCUGCUUCUUAAAAGUUGGUUUUGUACUGUGUGAUAUGACAGCAGUGCUGGAGAAGAUAGAUGGAGAGCUUUUCCUUUAAUUUUUGGU